CGAAUAUUAAAUUUCGAACUCAGAACCCAUAAAAUUCUGAUCCAAACUUAAACUCCAUGACGAUUUUUUUUUCUUUUUUCGAACAGACUGUAUUCAAAAACUUUGAGAGCAGGCCACAAGGAUAGAGCAAAUACCCAAAUCUGUUCUUACAAAUUCAAUUUUGCCCUAAUAAUAAUGAAAGCUAAUUUGAAUGUUUUCAUCCCAUUCCGUUUUCUUUCCUUAAACCCUGCCAGAUUCCUGUCCAUAGGUGGCUUGCCUUAUCCUGAAGCCCAAGAGGACCAAACAGAAAGCCUCAGUAGUCCUUCAACAGAUCCUUCAGAUUUGCUAAGGCGAUGGGGCUGCACUGCUGAUGAUAUUUCCAAGAUUUUUCAGCGCCGCCCAUCUUUGCGCAGAAUGGAACACAAAAACCUUCAAUCGAAGCUCAAAAUACUCAGCGAUUUAGGUAUUGAAUCCUCUGACCUUACCAAGAUUCUUAACUGUCGUCCUCGUUUCCUUAAUUGUCGUAUCAAUCGUUGCUUAGAGGAGCGUCUUGAAUUUUUCCAGACUUUGUUUGGUACCAAACAAGUUCUUCUCAAGGCUAUUGUGAGAAAUCCAUCGUUGCUUACUUAUGACUUCCACAAACAGAUUAAACCAACUGUAGCAUUUUAUGAACAGUUGGGUCUUAGCAGAAGUGAUUUAAUUUCCAUGCUUUUAGCUCGACCAACUCUCAUACCAAGAAGUUCCCUGGAUGAUGAGAAGAUGGAUUACAUUCGAAGAACCGGCGUGGAAAAGGGUACUAGGAUGUUUAAACAUGUGAUUACGUUGUUUGCUAUUUCACGGUCGGAGACUAUCCGACAAAAGGUGGCUAAUUUGGAGAAAUAUGGGUUUACUGAAGAUGAGGUUUUUAGGCUUUUUGGACGGUCUCCUUUUUUGUUAACAUUAUCUGUUGAUAAGGUUCAGAGGAACAUGACAUUUAUAUUGGCUACAAUGAAGCUUUCUGCCAGUUUGGUUCUUGAUAACCCAUGUUUGCUUUUCUUGAAUUUGGAGACCGCCAUGAAGCCAAGGUAUUUUGUAGGGGGUAAGAUAGAUGAUAUGGGUCUGCUUCCUCGUGUGAAGGGUCCUUCGUUGUUAAGAGCAAUGAGGAUGACCGAAAAGCGCUUCAUCAAGGCCUUUAUAACUUGUCAUCCGGAGGACGUGGCUCGUGAACUGAUGGAGUACUACGGAAGCGUUAAAUGUGUUAGAAGGUUGGCAGAAUCCUCCAAAAAACAUUUGUGCAAAGGAUUCCCCUUUUGAGAACAGAGGCUUCUCCAACUAUUAUUUGACUCUGUUUCUUAUUGAAUUCCUUUUCCUUUUUCAUUGACUAAAAGCAGAUUAUACAUGUAUCAUUGACUAGCUGUGUAUGCUUGAUUGUUGUUUUGAAGUAUAGUCAAUAGGAAUGAUAUUCUGUUGGCGGAGUGGAUGGAGACUAAUAUAAAGUUACCUUGUGAUAUAAUGUAUUUCAUAUCCA